AUGCCUUUGUCGACCGUGGCACUCAGUGUGGCGCGCCGCCACCUCAGAGAUUCUGGUCAGACAAGCAACCUGAAGAUCCACAUGAGAACUCUCACCGGCGAGAAGCCCUACAAGUGUGACCAAUGCACGAAGUGCUUCAGUCAGAAGGGCAGCCUGAAUCUUCACAUGAGGACUCACACCGGCGAGAAGCCCUACAGGUGUGACCAAUGCACGAAGGGCUUCAUUGUGAAAGGUAACCUGAAGAUCCACAUGAGGACUCACUCCGGCGAGAAGCCCUACAGGUGCGACCAAUGCAAGAAGGGCUUCAGUCAGACAAGCAACCUGAAGAUCCACAUGAGGACUCACUCUGGGGAGAAGCCCUGCGUGUGUCUGCAGUGCAACGCCAGCUACAGCGACCCAAACAGUUUGCGUUUGCACAUGCUCAAGCACAGUUUGGCACGGGGUAACGGGACGAUUUGA